UUACUGUUCAGCCACGCCGUGCGUAACUAGCCAACUUUUGGCCUCGUCUCGUCCCACUUUGACGAUGUCGGACACCAUUAAAAAUGUUGCUAUUUUUGGAGCCACAGGUAUGACCGGUCUGGCCACGCUGCCGCAGGUGGCCGCUGCAGGUUACAGUGCCACGGUACUUGUGCGAGACCCCUCCCGACUGCCGGAGGACCACAAAGCAUCCCGUGUGGUGGUGGGAGACGUGUUGAACAAAGAAGAUGUGAAGAAGACUCUGGAGGGACAGGACGCAGUCAUCAUCAUCCUCGGCACCAGGAAUGACCUGAGUCCCACCACUGUGAUGUCUGAAGGCACUCGCAACAUCCUGGAGGUCAUGAAGGAGCGUGGGAUCCGCAAGGUGGUGGCCUGCAUGUCAGCCUUCCUGUUGUGGGAGCGUUCCAAAGUGCCCCCUCGCCUACUGCCAGUGACAGAGGACCAUGACCGCAUGUACUCCCUGCUCCAGAGCUCCAGCCUGGACUAUGUGGCCGUCAUGCCCCCCCACAUCGGAGACGAUCUCCCCCUGACCGCGAGCUACCAGGCCGCUGAGAAGAUGCUCCGGGGACGGGCCAUCUCCAAACAUGACCUGGGGCACUUCUUUGUUCAGUGUCUGUCCACCUCCUCAUGGGACAGCAAGACGGUGGGCGUGUGGGGAGAGUAUGCCAAGUGACGCCCCUGGUGCCUGUGGAGGGACAGGACUUUGCUAAUGCUACUGUGGAAUUAUAGGGGAAAUAUUAUGGGAAAUUGUCUUUUAUCGUCAUGUUAUCAUUUAAAGAAGUACUCAAUUUUGUUACUCAAGUAAAAGUACAGAUACAGGAGCAAUAAUGUACUCAAGUAAAAGUAUCACAUAUAAAAAUCUACUUAAAGUGGCACUAAACACCUUAACUCAUUGACUGGGCUAUAACAGGUAUCCACAUUUUUAAACUCCGCCCCUGCAGCCAGGUGUUUAUCAGAAACACCUGGUUGUAACAGGGCAGUCUUUUGUGAUGUCACCAACUACCGUACUUGAAAUUGUAGAAGCCACUGAAGGAGGCGCAAACUUAGAUUUAGGCAUUUUUGACCAGAAAGAAAUACUCAAAUUGGAUAGGGGUUCAAAAAAAUGACAGUACACAAUGCUAUUAAAACACCAUAUGCAAAGUUUUGUAGCGAAAAAGUGGAUUUAGUUUAGUUCCAUAUUUUUGUGUGAAAUGUGAUGAUCUUGUUUUUUUUGGUCAAUCAGUUCCUUUCUAGACAUUUGUAGACAUCUCAUAGCCGGGACUUGAACCCAAAGCCUUGAGGCAGGAGGUUACAAUGAACAUGGUGAAACAACUCAAACCAUUCAAAAGUAUUUUUUACUUUUCAGUCCAGGUCAAAAAUGUAGUGCAAAAAGUACAACUAAAUAAAUGUAGUUAAGUAAAAGUAAAAAGUGCCCACUGUAAAGGGCCCAUAUUUACUACCAUAUACACUAUUUUCUGAUCUAUAUUAUAUUGUUAUUUCCUUAUCGAAAACAAACAUGGAGUUGUGUUUUGUUUCAUUCACAUGCGUUUAAUAUACAUCUGUAUUUAGGCUGAGCUCUUCUCUCAAACAGAAAAUACCUUGAGAUGUCAUGUGUCAAUAUAGUACUCCACUGUGUUUUUAAACUCCAUACACGUUCACUAGAAUCAGUUGGAUGAUUUCAGCCUUGGAAUUGCCAAUCUCUAUUGAACUAAAGAUAGAUAUUAACUUUAACCAGCUUUGGAGAUGCAGACCGACUAAUAAUAGUUACUCAAACAUGUGUGAAUGAAACAAAACACAAAUCCAGGUAAGAACAUUAUAACAUGGCUUAAAGUUCCCAAGAAUCUGUUUUGUGUAGUACAGGACCUUUAAGGACAGGUCUUUUAUUUUUGUACUUUGUUCCUUUCCAGCACUGCUCCUGUGUGUUUUUAAAGUGCUAGAAUCACUGUCCAACAGCUUAUGUAAGUGUUCAAAUGGACAGUGAUUUGCACAACCUGCUAAGAGUGCUUGACCAUUGUAGAGAAGUUAGAAAAAAUAUGUCUUCUUUUACUAUGAAGUGCUUUGAUUGCUUUAAGAAUUGUGUUUUCAGUUGGCAUGUAUGGUGUGCAUGAUGUCUUUAAACUGACAUUAAUGGAAAGUUUUCUUCAAAUGACGUUUUCCCAAAUAACUGAGACUAAGUGUAAUAUUUUAAAUCAUAUUGUGAUACAGCCUCAUCAAAGACCUUUUAUACAUUUUGUAUUAGACAGUUUUAUCAAUCUAUAAGAGCUGAAUAAAUGCUUUACAUCAC